UCACCAACCUGUUUUCAGAAUAGGACAUAAGUAGAUGGAAUGUCAAAACAUGAUUAGGUAGUUUUGGGACUAAAGAACAUAAUUAUUGUGCAUUUGCUUAUUUAUACGGCUUUUUAUAUGCAUCAUAACACACAAACAAAAUUUCAAAGUUACUUGUGCUUCCACUUGUUUUCUUCCAUGGCUGGUCCAGUUUCGGGUGAUACAGAAGCGCAGUGCGCUCGAGAUCCGAGCAGCAAGCCCGGUGGCUGGAUAACUUUUCCAUUCAUGAUGGCUACAUUGUUAGGUAUGUCCAUAACAUCUUUCGGAUGGGUACUAAACUUGAUUGUGUUCUUGAUCGCGGAAUUCAACAUCAAGAGCAUCGCUGCUGCUCAGAUUUCGAACAUUGUCAAUGGAUGCCUCAGCAUGUUGCCUCUUGUAGCAGCCAUUUUAGCUGAUUCUUUUUUUGGAAACAUUCUCGUCAUCUCCGCCUCUACUUUCAUCUCGCUUACUGGGAUUCUUCUCCUGACUCUGAUCGCAUCUUUGGACUUGUUGAAACCUAUACCGUGUGCAACCGGAUCAAUCCUAUGCCAGUCUCCAACGGCACUCCAGCUUGGGAUCUUGUAUAUAGCCUUAGUUCUAGUAACCACUGGAGCAGGUGGGACACGGUUCACCCUGGCAUCUGCAGGUGCAAACCAAUACGACAAACCUAAGGAUCAAGGAAGCUUCUUCAACUGGUACUUCCUCACACUAUACGCUGGGGCCAUUACCGGAGCGACAGCGAUUGUCUACACACAGGACAAUGCUAGCUGGAAACUCGGGUUUGGCCUCUGCGCUGCUGCAAAUUUCGUAAGUUUCGUUGUUUUCGUCAGCGGGAAAAAACUCUACAAGCAUGAGAAACCCAUGGGAAGCCCUUUCAAAAGCCUCAUCAGCGUUGUAGUCGCCGCUACAGUGAAAAGAAAGGCUGUGAUUUCAUCAAAAGAACAAGACUAUCACCAGGGACUCGCCAAGACUUCUCCUGCAAUAAUACCCUCCAAGAGCUAUGGGUUCUUGAACCGUGCAGCCUUGAAAACCGAAGACGGCGACGGCUCAGUUAACAACAUCUGGAGGAUGUGCUCUGUUCAGGAAGUAGAAGAUUUCAAAGCCAUUCUCCGACUUCUUCCUCUGUGGGUGGCCAUAAUCUUUGUUAGUACUCCAAUGGUGAUGCAAACAAGCUUGAUGGUACUCCAAGCUCUAGUCACGGACCGUGCGCUUGGUCCACACUUCAAAGUCCCGGCCGGGUCCCUCCAAGUCAUUAUAAUGACCUCCGCAUCCACCUUUAUAAUAAUCAACAACUGGCUUGUCUACCCCAUGUAUCAGAAGCUAACCGGUAAGCGGCUAACUCCGCUUCAAAAGGUCGGGAUAGGACAGGUUCUUACCAUCCUAAGCAUGGCAGUCUCUGCGGUUGUGGAAGCAAAGAGGCUGAAAACAGUUGAAAACGGGCAUCCCAUGUCAGUGCUAUGGCUGUUUCCUCCUCUCGUUAUAGUGGGGAUAGGUGAGGCCUUCCAGUUUCCAGGUAACAUUGAACUGUUCUAUGGAGAAUUCCCGGAGUCUCUGAGGAACACCGCGACUUCACUGACCUCGCUGGUGAUUGGAAUCUCUUUCUAUCUGAGCACAGCUCUGAUCAGUCUCCUCCAGAGGACUACCAAGUGGUUACCAAAUGACAUUAACAGCGGAAGAGUUGACAAUGUUUACUGGGUUUUAGUCGUUGCAGGAGUCUUGAAUUUCGGAUAUUUUCUCGUCUGCUCUUGGUUCUACAAAUACAGAAAUCUCCAAGGUGAUAAUGAACAAGAUCCUAAAGAUGUUUCAACCUAAGACAGACAACAAGUUGGCUUCAGUUUUCUCUAAUUUGUAGCAUGCUCUUGUUAACUUAUAUAUCUGUGUUUGCAAUUUUUACCAUGCCAAGUGUGUUUUUGUUUAAUGAAACUGAUAUAUUAACUUUGUUGCAUGCUCCUCUUUUUUCUCAUGUUUAGUAUCUGUGAAUGUAACAGAGUAAUUGACUGAUCUUUUUUCAUA